GUUUCGUUGAAAAGACAAAUACGUCCGCUCCGGAUGCGACGAUGGAAAUCAUCACAUAUCAUAUUCUUUUGGUUGUUCUUCAUGUUUACGUACUUUCUGUAUAAAGUCCAGUACAAAACUGGCAUCGAAAUUCUUCCAUUCAUCCCGAUUGAUGUCAGCGGAUUUGAGACAUACAAUGAAAGCCUUCUACGACACGUUAAAGUCUCUGAAGGAGCGUUGGCUCAGAAAAGAUGUGGUUCAAUUCUUUGUUGGGUGAUGACGACAUCGAUUUAUCACAAAACUCGAGUUCGAGCUAUCAAUUCCACAUGGUUCUAUCGAUGUGAUGCAUCACACUUUUUUACGAACAAUGGUCGUUUUCUGGAUGAAUCCACACCGUAUCAUACGAUUUUCUCGGAACUUCCCAUGAGCUAUUUUAAGUUGUUUUGGAAGACUCGACUAGCACUAUACUAUCUGUAUAAGAACGUCUCAUCUGAGUUUGAUUGUAAGUCAGAACUUCGUACUCGUUGUGUUCCACUUGCCUUUAUUUUCCAGGCGAAUCAUGGUUACAAUGCAGGUGGAAGUGGUUAUGUGAUUAGUAAAGCGGCACUGAAGAUCUUCGCAGAAAAACUGUUCCAUUCUAGAAAUCUCUGUCCAUAUCAUGAAUGGGAAGAUCUAGCAGUGGCCAGAUGUUUGUCAAGUGUCGGAAUCUAUGCAAGUGACACUCGUGAUUUGUUGCGUCGGCAACGAUUCCUACCUUGGAAUCCAGAGGAUCACUACAAUGGCGAUCUAAUUAGGCCAUUCCUAAUGGAUCCUAUUGAGCACUUGAGAUCUAAUAUCUUCCACGAGAAUCUCAUCAGUAUGCAUCAUUUGGAACCGAGUGUGAUUCAUCUCAUCGAUGGUCUACUGUAUGGAGUCGCUGCUGGUAUGUGGAAUAAAAGCAAAGAUGUCGAACAGACUCUUCAACUUCCACCAACCAGUUAG